UUAUACGGAUUAUUUUGUUUCAUUGAUUCAGAUGUGCAUUUAAUUUCAUUAAUACCAUUCUUUUGGUCGGAUUAAAAUUUUCUUUCGUAUUCAAGAAAAUCCAUAUCUAUUAAGAUGCUAGCCGUCGUCGUCGUGCAUCUAAUCCAAUGGUUCCCAAACUUUACCACGGCGUCUCCUUUCUGAAAUCUAAAAUUGCUUACGCGCUCCUUCCCCGAUUAAAAAAUAAAAACUGUUUUACUACAGAAAACGUAUUUAUUUAAAAAAAAUUACACGUUAUUAUACAGGGUGAGUUUUUUCAUUUUCACUAUGGGAACUCUUAAACCGAAAGAGAUACAGACACAAAUUUUGAAACUGGGUUUUCUGUAAUCACUAUUCUCGUUUUAAUUCGUAUUGAUUGAAAUUGUCAGUUUUGACAUAGUUGCACAGCUUAUUGACGUAACAACCGGAGUUUUAUCAAUAUCUACACCCUCUCAAAAUGGACCGCUGUAAACGCGAGGAACCAAAAGUAAUAAACACCAAAAUGAUUAACGACUGCAUCAAUUUGCACAGACCGCGCGGGGAAGCUGGGCGUAUACAACAAGAAGAGGGAAUACCCUUAGAAGAAGUUGAACAACUGCGGCUGGAAUUUUUGAAUAUUCUACGUAUCGAUCACUUGUGGAUGUUAACAUCUUUAACAAAAUUAAGUUUGAGCCAUAACUUAAUCGAACGCAUCGAAAAUUUGGACGUUUUGGUCAAUUUAAAAGAGUUAGAUUUGUCCUUUAAUAAAAUUGUCAAGAUUGAGAAUCUAGGUAAACUCGUCAACGUGGAGAUUCUCAGCUUAUUCUCGAACCUGAUUACAACCAUUGAAAAUUUGGAUGAGUUAGCGAAAUUGUUGAUAUUUACUAUUGGACAAAAUUGUAUAACUGACCGAAGAAAUGUUUUUUAUCUGCGACGUUUUACGCAUUUGCAAUCGGUAAAUAUGGCCGGAAAUCCAUGUGCUGAUAGUGAAGAUUUUCUUAUAUUUGUAUCUGGGUUUCUUCCUCAGGUUACUUAUUAUCAGUACGCUAUAAUUUUGGAAUCCGAUCGUGAACUUGGCCUACAAACCUUUUCAAAACUGCACGAUGAAGUUUUAAUCGAAGAAGCUAAACGCAAAGCAAUCCUCGAUCAAAUUGAAGCAGAGCGUGCGGAAGAAGAGCUUCACGUGGGAAGUUUCGUCGAGUUUCUGGGCAGUUCCUAUUUGUUUGAUCAAAUGUUCAAAGACGAUACCGAGGGGAUGGCGUUCUUAUUAGUGAAUUCCGCCCAGCAAGGUCACUAUCUCGAUUACAAAGAGCAAUUUACGAAAUUCACUAAGCAAAUUUUCGAUUUGGGUCAAGUGCAGUACAAGAUAAGGAAAACGGAGGUUGAUGAAUUUUUUGCAACUAUAAAUGGCGCAAAAUCGAAGAGUCAAUUGUUAAGCAUAGAGAAAAUGGAAGAGUUUCUGUUGAAGAAAGAGGACAUAUUUGCCAAGGUGAAGAAAUUGCAGGAGGAAAUUGAAAAUGAUCAUUGUAACAAUGAACAAUGUAACGAGUCAUUACAAGUCUACUCGGAUGAAUACAAUGACCUUUUACAUAAGGCGUGGAAAGAAUUAAUGGCGCUAGAAUUAACUUUGUACGAACAAAUGGAGGAAGUAAUUUCAAACUUUGAACAAACUAUAACCGAGAUGGUUAACUACUUCAUUGAAAACGCGCAAGGUUACUUCACAGAGCUGAGGAAUUUAGAACAGGCCUAUUCCGAGAAUUUGGGCGUCGAGGCUGUGGCGCUGCUAACAUUGGCGGGAACAAAGGAUGACUAUCCUCUACCAGAAGAUUUAAAGAUUAUAAUGUCCGAUAAAGAAAUUCUGAAUAACGCACUGGGAGCCAGUCAUGAUGCACAUUUGCUCGCAAUUGACGUUCGCGAAGAUACUUUGGUUGGUAAGGCGCGAUCUUGGCUUCACAAUCUGGUUUCUGGAUUAACACGGCAAGAAGUUAUGAGAAAUCGUGGAAAAGUCCUGGAGAUAAAUCACUUUCUGGACAUCCAAAGAGAAGAAUUUGAAGAAUUACAUUCCUACCUAACACUUCCAGCGACACUGGAAACUGAUUUGAAUGCGUUACUCAAUUAGCAACAUACAUGUAAUA